AUGGAAGGAUCAGAGGAGCGGGACUUUGACUACUUUUGGCAGGCUCUGAACAAAGAAAAUUUGACGGAACAAGAGUACUUGACCAGGAUUCUGGGCCCGAAAUAUCUGUCGAUGAGACUGGUGGUCCCUCUUACUUUAGCGUACGUCAGCAUUUUCGUCACCGGGGUGGUUGGAAACAUCGCAACUUGCAUUGUUAUCGUUAAGAACUCAAUGAUGCACACUUCUACCAACUACUAUCUCUUCGGACUGGCCAUAUCUGACCUAAUUUUGCUCACCCUCGGAUUGCCUAACGAGCUCAGCUGUAUUUGGCAACAAUAUCCUUGGGUACUGGGAGUUACUUUGUGUAAACUGAGGGCUUAUGUAUCCGAGAUGUCUUCGUACGUAUCGGUACUAACGAUAGUGGCCUUUUCAAUGGAGCGUUUUUUCGCUAUAUGCCAUCCCCUGGAAAGCUACACAACAGACAAACCACAAAGGCCUAUUAAAAUAAUAUUCAUGAUUUGGUCUAUUGCUUUAGUAUCUGCGGUACCCUUUGCAAUGUACACAAACGUAAACUACGUCGAGUAUCCACCAGGGUCCGGCGAAGCGUCAGACGAUUCAGCCUUUUGCGCAAUGUUACUCCCGGACAUGCCGAACUUUCCUCUGUACGAGCUGAGCUGUAUAAUCUUCUUCUUGAUACCCAUGGUGAUAAUUCUGGUGGUUUACACAAAAAUGGGCCUGAAAAUUCGGAAGAGCGCUCGCACAGGGGAAAAUUCAAUAGUCCACUCCGUGCUUGCGGAGUCGAGGCAUGUUCAGUCGCGGAAAAGUAUCGUCAAGAUGUUGAGCGCAGUAGUGGUGAUGUUUUUUUUCUGCUGGGCGCCGUUUCACGCCCAGCGUUUGCUUUAUGUUUACGCCCGCGAAGCGGACUAUUAUCCUGACUUGAACGAGUGGCUCUACAUCCUGAGCGGGUUCCUCUACUACUUCAGCACAACUGUUAAUCCGAUUUUGUACAACCUAAUGAGUUUAAGAUAUCGACGCGCGUUCAAGAAGACCAUCUGUUGCCACAAGCACCAAAGAAGCCCCAAUAGUACCAUUAUUCAUGUUAAUCACAAUAUUAAUAAUAGCAUUAUUAAUAACAGAGACAGAAAUUUUUGUCACUGUGGCUCGGAUCGGAUUCCUCAUCGAACCAAUUUAAAAUGCACAUUCAGGAGUACGAUAGACCAAGCAAAGGAAAUGCUGAAGCUAAAUUCAACGCGGCAUGAAUGCAACAGAGGACCCAAGUCAUCUAUUGAUUACACCAGUGUCAAAGUAACCGAGGAAAAUAAUGCCAGAGGGACGUUAAUUAGCAGACAUUCGCCUGUCGAGUAUCAUCUGAGCAAUGAGAAUAUCAGCAGUCACGGUAACGGAGUUAAUGAGACUAUUUUAACAGUCAGCAGCGCUGUUUAA